AAUUAUAUGCUUCACUACCGAAUAAUCGCAAGAGGUUGUGGGAAUUUUAGGGAAUUUCCAUUUGAAAAGUCCCCCUAUUUAUCGUUACAUACAAUCCAGAAACAGAAACUCUUCAAGAAUUCCCUGCUUAUUAGCAGAAAAGUCAAAUAAAAUCGAUAUGAGUGAUGUUGUACCACCUUUCAAGAAGAACUUCAGAGAUUGCAGUCCACACAUGGCAAAUUCCUUGCAGGAAUCGAUACAAAAUGACAUUGAUACUUCAGAACGAAACAAGACGUUUUGUUUAAAAAGUUACCAUGUUUACAACAUAAAUCUACCCAAUUUGACUCUGUAUCCUGAAGGUUUUCGACACUUCUAUUUGUUAAAUAUCCUCGAUACAGACAUAAGACAAGAACUUCAGGACAACAAAGUUAUCAAUUGGUGUCGUUCGGCAAAAACAUUAUACCCUCUGAAAACAAAAGGUGAUGGAAAUUGUUUGCUCCAUGCCGUUAGUAUGUGUCUGUGGGGACUAGAAGAUGACAAUUUGUUACUCAGACGAUUAUUAUAUGUGUCGCUUGUUCAAGACUCCAGCACACAGAAAAAUUUCCAGAGAAGAUGGCUCUUACGACAGAGAAGAAUGAAUCAGGAAAGACCAUUUGGAUUCAAUGCACAGCUAGAUAAAAAUGAAUGGGAGCGAGAAUGGGAAACUAUUACCAAUGCAGCCAUUGAUCAGCAGAACAGAGAAGCCUUUUUACCAUAUGAUACAUUAGAAGCUGUUCAUCUUUAUGUUCUGGCAAAUAUUUUAAGAAGACCAAUAAUUGUUCUGGCAAGCAAGAACGUGAGAUCAGUUUACGGAAAUAACGUCCAAGAGUGUAAUAUUUCUGGAAUAUAUUUACCUCUCGAAUGGAAGGAAAAUGAAAUAUACCCAUCACCAAUCUUGAUUGGAUAUAGUAUGAACCAUUUUGUACCAUUAGUAACUAAACAAUCGCUAGGAAGAGACAAUGAUGGUGAGCUAGUUGUCCCCCUUGUUUUAUCCGAUCAGACUCCUCUUUUUGUACAAUUUCUUUUACCUGAAGAAGAACCUCUCGUCCAAGAUUUACUGAAAAUGUAUUUAAAACUGAAAUCAGUGCCAAUGACUACCCAAGACUCUGUUUUACAAAUUCCUGUAGCAAAAUUGGAGUUUCAGACAAUUCAAGAUCAUCAUAAUCUAGUUCAAGACCAUUUAUCAGAAUGUUUGCAAAUUUAUGGGUUUUGGUCUAAAGACCCUUCAAGAUCACCCCAAGCCCAAGAACCACCAGUUUUUGUAAACAAUGAAUAUCGUGUAGUUGACCAAGAAAAGGGAACUAUUACCUGUCAGCCCCAAUGCUGGAAUGAAGGAUGUGAAAUGUAUGGUGCUCCGUCCAUCGCUGGAUACUGUCAUAAAUGUUUCAUGGAUUAUACUCGUGAUUACAAGCGAAAUGAAGAUGUGGCGGCCCAGAAUCGGCAGAUAGAAAUGGAACCUACAGCACCACCAGCAUCUUUUGCUACACAACAAAUAUAUGAAAUGUCAAUGAUGGAGGAACAAUGUAAAAAUAAAUGUGGAAACCGAGCUUCCACAAAAACUCAACCAUAUUGUCAUGAAUGUCACCCUUCUGAAAGCCGCAGACAUCAACCUCCAAAUUCCAAUAUGCCAUUAUCAUUACAGGAAACAUUAUCUAAAGGUCAAAAUGAACCCAUUGAUGAUCAAUCAUUGUUUGGUACUGGCCAGUCUAGGACUCCCCCGGGAAGUGGACAUCAAAUGACCAGACAAUCACCUGGUUUCAGUAACUCAUUUACCAGAAUGCAACCUGGGGAAUUACACAGGCAGCAGUGUUCAUCACCACACUGUAAAGAACAUUGUCUGACACUGCAAGCCAAUAAAUGUGCAAAAUGCUUUGUUACCACAGGAUUUACUGAUUUUUCUCCCAGUAAUGAAAACAGUCCGCCUAGUUCCAGGCCUGCUGAGGCUGCAGGCGGUAGAAGUGGGCCAUCAUCGCAGACAUAUGUUCUGAAUGACUUGAAUGAGUUAAGUGGUGCACGUAAUCCACCUAAUUUAAGAUCCUUCAAUCCAGAGGAUCUUCAAUGUAAAACUUUUAAUUGUAAGAACCAUCCUCAUUUCUUCUUAGAAGGGUAUUGCAAUGAAUGUGCCAACAGUAGAAAUAGGAAAAUCGAGACUUAUUCUGUGCGUACAUCUGAUCGGACUCAAGAUAAAGUUAUGCAGACCUCGUUUGUACCUACAACUGCAGAAGGUAAAAAUAUCUGUCUUACACCUGGGUGUUAUGGUCCUAUAGAGCAGGGUGGACUAUGCCAUUCUUGCAUAAUUAGUUCUAGAAGAAGCAGUGACCCUACAGAGUAUGGAGCAGAACAACUAAUAGAAUCGGCUACUCCCUGUCAACAUAUAGCUCCAGACGAGGUCAAUCCUGUUAUUACAAGCCAUAAAGAUAAAGUCAAAUGUGCGUCACCUGUUUGUGAAAAUAUGAUUUACCCGCCAAACCAAAUGUGUGAAACUUGCACUUCAAUAUUGGCUGGUGCACAUGCAAGGUGUAGGUCAACUGAGCAUAAAAGAUUAUCACCAGUACAACAUGGAGUGUGUUACUCCCCUUCUAGACAAAAAUGUAAAGUUGUUGGAUGCCAAUAUUAUGGAGAUUCUAGGACUCAAGGCUACUGUUCUAAAUGUUAUGAAAAAGACAAAAAAGACAAAAUGAAACCACUUCAGAUCAGACAGAUAAAAAAAGGAACAAUUUGUAUUGAACCAGGCUGUGAUAAAUAUGGAGAUGAAAGUAUGUAUUACAGAUGUACUUUUCACUAUAAUGUAUUAAAAGAAAUGUAUGGCGGAUCAGUAGGGCCACCAAGUAGUAGACCAGGAACUAUAAAUACUAGUGUUCCGACAAGUAUUAGUAGGACUGCGCCUGUUACAACCAAUAUAACAAGACCAGGUUUGCCUCUAAGUGCAACAAUACCCGGGGUUACAUCUCCAACUAGGACUUAUCCCAUGCUACCAGCACAGAUAGAACAGUAUAACGUUCCAGAAAGAGAACCUUUAAAUGAUUUAUCACGGACUUCAGUUACCAGUCCGGGAGUGGAACAGAAAUAUUCCCUAGCAAUGUCAAAAGUUGAGAGGGAGCGUAGAAGUAUCAAAUUUUGUAAAGGCGUGGGCUGUAAUAAUUACGGGAAUACUUCUAAGGAAGGGUAUUGUAAUAGUUGUUAUCCUGAGAUCCAGAGGCAAAGAUUAACUGGUAAUGGAGGAAAGCCAGAAUAUAAAGAUCAUUACUGCUGCUAAUAGGACAGGGCUAUUCCAUUAAAAUGUAUGUGGAAUGGUAGGAACUUUCACUAGGAAGGCCAG